AUGAGCGCUGUGUAUUCUCUCUUCCAACAAUCGGCUCAGUACCCUCCCGGCGACACGAACUCCAUCGCCCAUGAUCCCUCAGACAUCCAUCUCUACAACGCACCCUCUGAAGGUUUUUGGGAACCGUGGUCGCUUGUAAAGUAUGCAACCUUUGCCGAAUCAUCUACAACCGCCGCUUCAAACGUCCACGAACAACAGCAACCGCUAUGUUCCGACUGUUCCUGCGACGAAGAUGCCUCGACUCAGUGGACACGUCCUAUAACCUCGAAACGCGAUUGUUCACUUCCAUCCCCGCCCACCGAUCCAACUAGAAUAGACGUUGCGACCAGCAAGUUGGAGAGUAGCCGUGGCUCUCCACCAACCCAGCCUGACAAACGCGAGCACAACGCAAGUCGGCCACAUUCUUCAAAGGCUUUGAGACGUGUCUCAACUCGAAAAACAUCAAAGCCCGACACUACCUCGACAAAGCCUAAAAUCCGUGGUGGCAGAGCGAAACCAGCUUCCCAGGCUACGAAAACACUGUCUCUCGACCCAGACGAAAGCAUCGAUAAGCACAGCAGAACGGUUAAGGAAAGGAACCGCAUAGCCUCCAAUAAGUUCCGCGUCAAAAAGCGUGAAGACGCAAAGAGGCUUCGAGCAGACCAACAAGACAUGGAACGCGUAAACCGUGACUUGUCAAAUCAUGUCUCCGACCUCAGUAUGCAAGUCUAUGACCUCAACAUGAAACUGUUGCAGCACAUCGGCUGCGAUUGCCAUUUGAUUCAGGAGUAUAUAUCAUACCAAGCACACCAGUACAUUCAGGACUUAAGCAAUGGGAAGCAAGCUGGGGCAACGACGCCUCUUGGCGUCCACAACCAUGUAGUUGAUGAGUUGCCCGAGGCUAAUUUUCUGUAUUAA